GGAGAAUCAGAAAGAACGACGAAAAUAGAGAGAAGUGUGUGUGUGUGUGUGUGUGUGAAUGUGAGAAAGAGAGAGAGAAAGGGAGGGAGAGAGAGGGGGAGAGAGGGAGGAAAAUAAGAGCCAUCAGUCUCAUCUAUCUGACUCUCAUACUACUGGAUAUUAUUAUUUUUUUUUGGGGGGGGGAAACUCUUUAUUUCCUUCAUCUUAUAUUUUCCACUCAUAUUAAAUCACAAGUUGUUGUUUUUCUCUUCCUAUCUUGGAGAGUGUUCGCAUCGACUCUGCUGUUUCUAAUCCUCUUUCUCCACUCUACUGCAUAUGGGACUGUACAGCCAUUCGCGAUUGAAUCUGCUUUUAGCCCAUAUUCAUUUUUGCUUUUUGCCGUCCGGACUAAAGAAUCUCCGAUCGGUCAAGCAACUGGACCCGAGCGUGAGUUGUGUGGCCGUUUUUAUCUCCAGAAAACUCAAAACGGGGCUUCCCUCGCUGCGAGCUGCAGGAUCCAGCCUGUCUUCCUGUGUGCGUUUUUUUUUUUUGUGCACAGCUUAGUUAGUUUGAAGAGGUGACAGCAGCACAGCCAGUCCGGGAGGAUGCGUUAGACUCGGUAGCCUAAGCAUGGUGCCAUUUUGGAGAUAAGUCCCCCCUUCUUUCUUUUUUUUUUUUCUUUCUUUUUUUUGUAAUACAUUUUCUUCAUGGGACGGCCGGACAAGCGGGACAUCAGGUGGAGAUUUUGAAGCGUCACCCUGUCCGCGCACCUUUUGACGGCGCGCCUGUCAAUUAGUGCCGCUAAUUGGAUUAUUUUGAUCAUCUUGAACUUAACAGUCUGCGGGUUUCUCCUCUCCGCCUCCUCGCCUCUCACCUCCUCCUCCUCCUCCUCCUCCCCUUGAAGUUAUGUCAAGGCCUCUCACUCAGCUCUUACCUCCGGAUCUCCCUGCUGGGGCCACCAGCCCCCAAUUUGGGGCCAGCAACCCGGCUGGAAGUGCCCCCCAAGGUGGACAUCUGACCUCCAUGACCAACCUGAAGACCCUGCUUCAGCUGCCAAUCAAGGCCGACCAGAGAGGCCCCAAGGACUGCUGCGAGAUGAAAGACAAAGACAAGCCUGUGGACUCUGAUGAAGACUCACAGCCGCCGGGUGUCAAUAGCGCAGGCCCCGGAGGGCCCGCCGGUGUCGGAGGGGCCCCUGGGCCCGGCGUGUUGCGGCCCAACUCGGCGUUCCUGGGCCCACUGCUGUGGGAGAGGACCCUGCCGUGUGACGGAGGCUUGUUCCAGCUGCAGUACAUGGACCUGGAGGAGUUCCUGACCGAAAAUGGGAUGGGGAUGCACGGCAACGGGCCCAGCUCCACCAGCGCCCAGAUCCCCUCCCAGAGCUCCCAGUCGGCGGUGCCCAACCAGAGCUCCCAGUGCCCUCCCAGCUCUCCUCCGCCCUGCUCCUCCUCUUCCUCCUCCUCCAUGUCUUCUUCGUCCUCCUCUUCCUCGCUGCUGGGACUGGAGACCGUCCAGCCACAACCGCCGCCGCCGCCACCACUGCCACCUCAGCAGCAGCCGCAAGGCAUUAUGGGAGGACCUGAGUGUCUACAUGGACAGGACGACAAGUACUGGAGCCGGCGCGUCAAGAACAACGAGGCGGCGAAGCGCUCGCGGGACGCCCGGCGGCUGAAGGAGAACCAGAUCUCUGUGCGCGCCGCCUUCUUGGAGCGGGAGAACGCCGCCCUCCGCCAGGAGGUGGCCGACAUGAGGAAAGAGCUGGGCCGCUGCAGGAACAUCCUCAACAAGUACGAGAGUCGACACGGAGACUUGUGAGGCGGAGGAGGAGGAGAAGGAUGAGGAUGAGGAGGAGGAGGAGGAAGAAGAAGAAGAUGCAGGAGGAAGGGGCGGGAGGGCAGGAGGAAAUGAGGAAAAAGGGUACAAGGCAAACCCAACAACUGCAGCACUUUAGUUGAAGUGGCGAGGGGGGGGGGAGGCCGGCGUAGAUCUGCACCAAGCAGUGUGCGACACCGGGCGAAAACACGAGAAAAAACGUGCGCGCAGGCUUGUGCUUCAGGAUGUCACGAACAGGAAAGCACAGCGACGCCAUCUUUUCCAGUUUGACUCUCUUCGUACAUACUGCUUCGCUGAAUCCACUCAACGUACUGUAUCACCGUGCGUCACCUCGGCAGCUUAACGUCACCCAUCGGUGCUGUGCUUACGCCCGGUGUCGCGCGGCAUUUUUGCAAGGUAGUGCGUUCCGGCCGCUGCUCCGGGCCAGUUCAAACAGGGUGUUGAAUUCACAUUAUGCCAGUGAAAUCUCACUUUUUAAGCUCAAGGCACGGAUACAAGCCAGGAGAGGUCAGAUGUGUAAUUUUUUUCUAUAAAUAGGACAAAAGAAACAUGUAUAUUUUUGAAGUGGGCAGGAAGGCAAGACCAGUCCAGCAAAGAGGGGAGGAGGAGGAGGAGGAGGAGGGAGGAGGAGGAGGAGGAGGAGGAGGAGGAGGAGGAGGAGGUGCAGGGUUUUCGUCCAUAACGCAAAGAGAUUUUGACAUAGGAUUACUGUAUAUUUUUCUAUUAGCAAAGAUAGCCAGGAGGAGGCUUUUGGAGAUAAUCUUUUGUAUAUUUUAUAUAUGGGGCGGGGCGGGGCUCUUAGCUGGACAGUCACGGGGCCACACAAAACGCUUUCCCUCCCAGCUGUUUAUCGCUAAACGACAGAUAAUCUAUUUUCGAUUUCACUGAGCUGGUUAGAUGGAGGCGGAGGCGGAGGCGUUACGGAGAAUGUAUCACGGUUGAAUCAGGUAUUUCACACGCUGCGAGACGAGGCGGGGUAUCUUAGUAACGAUUGUUUUGGGAACGCGGAGAAGGGGGGGGGGGGCGGCGGGGCGGGAGGCGUUAGAAGGAAGACGGUGAAACAAAAAUUGUAUAGUUUUAAGACAUUUUUGUGUUCGUUUGUUUUCUUUUUGUGAGCUCGUUCAAGCACUUGAUUUGUUAUCUUCUAUUUGAUUCCGUGUCUGACUUUGAACUGAUUGCAGGGCUUUUUUUUUUUUUUUUUUUAAAAUGAAGGAGAAAAAGAGAGAGGAAAACAGGAAGUAAUUAGCCAUCAGAACAGCUGGAUGUGAGCAGAUGUUUGAAAAUAAAUAAGGUGGAGAAUUUCGCUGGCGGGGUUUGCAUUUAGUUUGGUGGACCUGUCUGGCUCCACACACACACACACACACACACGCAUACUCACAGUGACAAUUUGUCAAUAAUAACAAAACACGGUUGCAGUCUUUCUCUCUCUGUUUACUCCUCGAUUUGUCCAGGACGUGCAAAAAUGAAAUACUAACUUUUUUAAGGGUGGACUUAGGGUGGAUUUGCCCAGAUCGAACAGUGACUGAAACAUUCAGCAUGCAGACACACAACAAACACUCGGACACACAGUCCUCACCCAGGUUUUAACCCUUAUUGUUGUUGUUGAUGUUGUUAUGGACUUCUAUGGUGCUGAUCUGAUCUGAUCCUUCACCUGACACACACACACACACACACACACAUACACACACACACACACACACACACACACGCAAACACUUCCACCACCUUAAACACAGUACUGAACUGCCUAUACCCUUUCUUUGUCUUUUAUUCCUUCUUUUUAGUUUAUUUGGUUCUUGUUUUGUUGCAUAUUGUAUCGAUAAAUCGUAUAUAGAUUUACACACAAACACUUGUCUAUACCUCACCUUCAAACUUUACCCAAUGAGAAACGAGAAAUGCACCCUACUGCUACUGUACCAUACAACUAUUGAAUAAUAAACUAUCCUCUCACUAUAUAUAAAUAUAUAUACAUAUAUGUAUGUAUAUGUAUAUAUAUAUGUAAAUGUAUAUUAUAUAUGCUUGAAUUAUGUGAUUAUAGUUGUAAUAUACAUAAUUGAAUAUUGAAUAUAUUACAGAAAAUCCCAUUGAAAUCAUGUCAGUUUUUUCUCAGGUGUUUUUGUCUGAGGUAUUAAAUACACAUUAAAAAAAAAACACAAAAAAGUC